AUGAUGCAGACGGAGCGCUGGAGUGUGCCAAUGAGGUCUUGGAGACCAUCCGUGGUAAAGGGCCCUCUGACAAGGCUUCAGAGGUUUCUGCACUUUGUGCCUGUGUCGACGCCUACUUGGCACUGGGAGAUGCAACGAAGGCAUUGGCCAAAGCCGAAGAGGCCCUGGCCAUCGCCAAGCCGCUGGCCGGUAGCCUCUCUGAGGCGUCCACUGAGACGGCGGGUCCGAGAACCACGCAUGGAGGACGGUGGAACGGACACGAAGCGACAUGAACAAAGUGAGGCUGUGCCGGCGUUGGCCCUGGCGAAGGCGAAGUUCUGGGGCAGCCAGGAGUCGAAGGAUGCCUUGGCGCUGCUCCGUGAGAUCGGUGCCACCUGGGGCGAAACGGCGAUGCUGCUCAGCCUGGCGCUGCAGGCGGCAAAGGACCCUGCCAAGGCUCGAAGUCUGCUGGAGAUCGCCAGGCAGAAGCAACGCAGGUGGCAGGAAGCCUUUGCCCAGCUGACGUUGUCACUGGGGGCUCUCUCCAAGGGCAGCCCGGGCCUGCAGGCCGUGGAGGACUUUUUGCAGAUCGCACAGAAGCACGGUGUGCGGAUUGCCGCCACAGACGUCGGCUACGUGGACUCUGGUCUGCGGAGGUUUGAGGGCCUGAGCACCAUGGAGGACCUUCAGGAUAUCCAUGACCGUUUGAGCGCGGCCUCAAAAGGUGGGCAGAGGUCGGCUGUAGCUUGGGCCACCCUGGACAUGGCCAAUGCUAAGCUUGGGCAGGGCGACAAGCUGCAGGUGCCAGAAGUGGAGGAGGCCUUGGCGCAGCUGGAGAAGUUGGGCACCAAAGAAGGCCUCGCCAUGGCUCGCCUGGAGGUGUCGCGCAGCCGCUUGGCGACGGGACGGCCUGUCGAGGCAUUGAAGGCUGCGAAGCUGGCUGCAGCGACCUUCCAGGAGCUGGGCGAUGUGGCAAGUGCUGCUGGCGCGCAGGGCGCAGCGGCCUUGGCCCAUUUGGAGUUGGGGCAGCUACCGGAGGCGGUUUCCUUAGCCUCCAAAGCUCCUCAAGAUCUCGCCGAGCGAGGCUUGCGAAGAGCCUGUGCGGAGGCUUUGCGUGUGGCCAGCCGGGUCUAUUUGGACGCUUGUGAGCUCGAACGCGCCAUGCAAGUGGGGCUCGAGGCUUUCCAGUGCGUCUUUCAAAGUACUUGUGACUGGGUGUGCAGGUGCAUCCGCGUUGGAUUCGCGUCAUGUGCAGAGGACUACGCCACUUUCAGGAUUCCAUGUUUGCAGGGCACGCCGAAUACCUUUCGGCCGGGCGCGCACAGUGGAGAUCGCAAGACCAUGCUGGGGCUGCUGGAUGAGGCUUCCCAGACGAUUGAAUGUUGCGUGGGCGUGCUGCAGGGCCGAGUGUUUGAGGUGGGCUUGAAGGUGGGCCCCUAUCUGCAUCGCUUGCUCCACACAUAUCCGACCUUAGCGGAGAGGUUAGCGACAAUCUUGGAGAACAACCCAGCGGCAAUUCAGUAUGGGAUGUUUUGUAGCCCACCGAGCUGUGAGGAGGAGACGAUCGGUCCAUUGGCUCUGCAGGAGGUGCUCCUGAAACGCCUGGCGCGCUUCAGUGACGAGGAGGCUGCCUUGGCCAUACCACGAGGACCUCGAGCCGGACGACGCGGAUGGAGCAACCGGAGUGGUCAGCCGAAGAUGGAGCAACCUCAGGAGCUUCCGGAGAUGGAGACGGAGGUCCUGGUGAAGGAGACAGAGGUCCUAGAGAUGGAGACGGAGGUCUUGGUGAAGGAGUUAGUGAGUUGGGAUGAGAUUGGAGUGGACUUCGUGAUCGCUGGCCUCGGACGCUGCGGCACAACCUCUUUGCAUCAAAGCCUGGUAUCGCAUCCCAACAUCGCCUUUACCAGUCCUUCAGAGGACUACAAAAUUUUUGCGGAAGGCCAGUCCAACCGCUUUCUACCCACGAAGCAGACAGCCCGGGCACUCCAAAUCCGCAGCUCACAGCGCGGACAACCCGGGCUGCUGGGACUUCGAAAUCCGGCGAUUUCCUUGUAUCCGCUCUCGUACUACACCAUCUUCUUGCAAGAAAGGAUGAAGAUGAUAUUGGUGCUGUGCGAUCCUUUGAGUCGCAUCGAGAAGCAGUUCAUGUGGUUCCACUACUGUCACCCUGACGUGGAGGCGGCUGAAGCUCGAAAGGAUGCCAUUCCCAGAGUUCUGAAAUCCAGGAAUGACUGCGAUCCCAGCAUCCAUGCUUUGCUGUCAAGUCGGCAUAGCGCCUGGCUCCGCAGCCAAAUGAUUCAUUUGCACUUGCUGGAGCUCAUCAAGCUUUUCCGCCAUGAACGUCUUUUUGUCCUCCACCGCGCCAGCCUCAAUGACCGGAAGACCUAUUCGACUCUUGCUGAAUGGCUCCAGGCGCCCGCCUUUCCCCAGACGUGGAACCAGAUGCGACGUGUGAACUUCCGCCUGGGACAUCGCACGGACUUGUGCCACAACCAGACGCUUCAAGUGCUCUUGAAGCGCCGAUUGGCGCCGGAGUAUGCUGCGAUACAGUUUGCCUUGAGGUGGCAAUCGCGAACCUUCCAACAACUUGCUGCAGAUCGAGAGCUAAUGCUGCACAUCAGCCGGUGUGACAAGGAGGAGGAGCUGGUGGAAGGCCCUUGUGGGCUCUAUGACCUCGAGGAACAGGGCUGUCCGACUUGGUGA